GACCUUGACCUGACUUGAUCUGCAUUCAACCAAUAUCACCACUUACACACUUACAAGUUACACUACAAAAUACCGCCAUCAUGCCGACUAUGCUUGGUCUCACCAACGACCGCUCUACCAACGGUCUUAAUGCCAAUGAGAGCAAAUUUGGAGGUUCCUCUAGCCAACGGGGAAUGGAACUCACCCCUCGUCAACAAAACGGCAGCAUCGUUUCUGGUAUCGAAGGAUCCGACUUCUUUAAUGGAGGCGGCAAGCAGCAGGAGCACGACCCGGAUGAGGAAUCGGACGAAGAGAACCUCAAGACAAUCAAGGGUCGUAACCUCUCCGCCGUGAAGGAGAUGGAGACUCUCCUCUGGCGCGCGCUGUGCGACAAGCCCAAGACGGCCCUCAAGUACAUCGCCAAGGACGCCGUCAUGUCCAACCGCUUCCUCUUUGGCGACCCCAAGCCUCGUACCGCCGACUCUGAUCCUACUCUGGAAGAGGAGGUCAAGCACUGUGAGGAGUGGCUCGCCUACAAGAUGCACGACCCUCAGCCCGUCGAGAUUGGUCUCAUGGCCGCCGCUAUUGGAUACAAGGUCACGCUAUUCCGUCAGCUCGACCAAGGAGACGGAAACUUUGGCAUGCAGACUGUCCAGGCCACCUGCUCUAGCUCCUGGAGGCAACUUGCCAGCGGAGACUGGGAGCUUACCAGUAUGUUUGCCGGUUAAUAUGGUGAAUUGACGAUUUGGACGAUUGCAUGAAAUUGGAUUGGCGUUAAUGAUGGAGUAAUGGCCUGGUGAUUCGUUGGACUGUUAUCAACCAAUAUAUAUGUUGUUAUAAAUAAAUAUGAUGGAUACUUACCUACUACUACUUGUG